UCCUGAGAGUGUGGAGAAAGUCAACAAGUGUCUGCUCGAAGAUUUGUUUUUUGAUUCACUUGUGACAGGUUUCAUAUCCGCCAGACGCCCCCGGCCCACGAUGCCCUCCACUCAGGACUGGAUCGACCUCCCUCUGGAUGUGGUCGAGGGGAUGUUCGCUGCUUCCCAGAGCAGUCCAAACUCUGGCUGGGAGGCGAAAGCGGUCGAGUUCUUCAAAGAGCGGCUGAAAGAGAAGGACGCUCAAACCUGGGUUCCUUCUCUGAACGACAUCCCUCUGCACUACCUGAAGCCCAACAGCCUGGUGAAGUUUCGCUGUCUAAUCCAAGACAUGUUCGACCCGGAGUUUUACAUGGGAACGUAUGAGACUGUUGAUCCAUCCACACAGGCUAAAGUGCUGCGAAGUGGGAGGUACAAAGAUGUGACAGAAUGUGGGGUGGAUUUCAACUCCAGAAGCACAGUGACUGCAGAGAGACAGACGUUCUACUGUGUGCCCAUCCCUGGAGAAAACCCCUGGGUUAAAGAAAGCUAUGCCGGCUCCAGCCAAGCAAGAGUGGUUCCCUCCACCUCGUAUGUUCCGAGCAGACAGAAACGCAGCUACGAGGAAGAUGACGAAGACGUGGACGACAUGGACACACAGCCGCAGAAGCAGAGGGAGCCCCCUACUGGUCCUCACUGUCCCACAGACCAGCAGGGCAACGGUGACUGUAAACGACUGGAGAGAGAAGCUCCAUCCAGCCAGACGGCAUCGUCCUCACACCUGGACCUCAACUUCCCCCUGCCCGGAGAGAAAGGCCCCUCCUGUUUAGUUAAGGUGUACGAGAACUGGGACAGCUUCAAACUGAACGACAUGCUGGAGGUGUACGGGAUCCUCUCCGUCAGCCCUGCUCUCAGUGCUCUGGCAGACGGGAAAGACACCUCCUCAUCCCUCCUGGACCCUGCAGACUGCAUGGAGACAGCGGAGGAGCAGAGAGUGCACAGCCCGCCGGCCUCGCUGGUCCCUCGCCUCCACAUGGUCUACGCCAAACCGCUGCGGCACAACAACCCCCUGCUGCCCUCGCUCACCUCGGAGGACAACAGUGCCUUUUUAUCUUCGACCCUGAGCGAGAUGGCCGCUGUUAGAGCAGAGCUGCUCACAUACUUCACUCACGUCCUUCUGAGAGAUGCCCUGGCCGCCGAGUACCUCAUUCUGCAUCUCAUUUCUAGCGUGUACACCAGACGAGAUAUUCUCCCACUAGGCAAAUUUACACUGAACCUGAGCGGCUGUCCUACGGUCGCCUCGUACACCGAGCGCCUCUACCAGUUCAUCCAGAAGCUUGUUCCAUCUUCAUACUAUCUGGGCAUGAGUCUCCAAAACAUGAACCAGAUGCAGCUGGUUCCUAAAAAGGACUAUGUGGCCAACCGGCUCGUGAGUGGAGCCGCGCAGCUGGCCAGAAACACGUCGCUCUUCCUGGAUGAAACCAAGCUGGAGCAGGGACAGCUGGACACAACAGGUGUGCGAAACGUCACAGCCCUGGGGAACCUGAUCUCGUGGCAGAAGGUUGAUUAUGACUUUAACUACCACCAGAUGGAAUUCCCUUGCAAUAUUAACGUGCUCAUCGUGUCAGAGGCCCGCUCGCUGCUGCCGUCAGAUUGUCAGAUCAAAGUACAGUCUCAGGUGGACCCCCAACACAUGGAGGAGUAUCUCAGCGGCAUCAACAUGCACCCGCAGACCUCAUCACUGCUCAACAAGCUCCGGAUGUACCUGAGUGUCGCUCGGCUGCUGGACUACAGCAUCUCUGAUGAAAUGACAAAGGCAGUUGAGGAGGACUUUGUGGAUAUGAGGAAGGACGACCCCCAGAGCGUAUCUGCAGAGGACCUGCACAGGAUGCUGGUUGUUGCAAGGUUGUUGUCUCUGAGCCUGGGACAGACCUCGCUGUCCAGAGACAGCUGGCUGCGAGCCAAACACCUCGAGACGCUGCGGAGGAGCCGGAUGGAGCAGCACAAGUGCGUCAAUGGCAACGAGCCGUGAUCACGCAGGCAAAUGAGAUGGCUCCUGUUUUUUCCUUUUUGAUACCUUAAAAAAAAAACAAGUUUGUAAUAAAAAUGUUUUCAUAUGUCA